AUGACGGAGUUUCGUCUGUUGGAAGUUCUCUGUUGCACGCUCAUCGCGCUGUGCGUUCCGGCCAUCGUCAUGGCCCAGGACGACGUGAAAGUCACGCCCGAUGUGGUGUACGGCCACAAGUUCGGGAUGGCGCUCACCAUGGAUGUACUGCAGCCUGCCAAAGACCCGAACGGUGCGGGCGUGCUGUUCAUGGUCAGUGGUGGUUGGCGUUCGCGUUGGUCGCCCCCGGUCGGUGCCGCGAAGCGGUUCGAUCAGAUGCUUGAAAAUGGGUUCACUGUUUUUGUCGUACGGCACGGUAGCAGUCCCAAGUUCGAUAUCCCCGAGAUCGUGGGCGAUGUUCGCCGCGCGGUGCGAUACAUCCGCGCGAAUGCCGCCGAGUAUGGAGUCGACCCCGAUCGUCUGGGCGUCAUCGGCGGUAGCGCCGGCGGGCAUCUUUCCUUAGUGCUAGGUGUUGCUUCAGACGAGGGUGAUCCCAACGCAGAUGACAAAGUCGAUCAGACCACCGAUCGCGUGGCCGCGGUGGUGGCGUAUUACCCGCCAACCGAUUUGGUGGGCUUGGUCCCGACACCGCCGAAUCGCAACGACCGCUUUCCCGCGCUGAACUUCGAACCCGCUCGGGCCAAAGAGUUUUCCCCCGUCUGGCACGUUUCGCCCGACGAUCCACCGACGCUGCUGAUUCACGGUGACAAAGAUCCGCUCGUUCCGUUGCGGCACAGUAAGAACAUCCUCGAGCGGUUUGAAGAACAUGAAGUGCCUGCGGAGUUGAUCGUGAUCGAAGGGGCCGGGCACGGGUUCCGCGGGGCCGAUGGUGAGGAAGCAUCCGCGGAGGAAAUUUUGAUGCGCGCGUUUGAUCAUCUUCGCUACCUGGCGAUCGCAGCCCUGAUGCUGUCCUUCGGGGUGGCAACCGAGAGAGUCGUUGUCCGUGCCGACGAAUUCGACCCGGUUCGGGAAUUGAUCCAGGAGAAAAUCGCCGACGGCGAACCGGCCUCGCUGGCGGUGGUUGUGCUUCGCGACGGGAAGGAACUGUGGGCCGAGGGGUUCGGUUGGGCCGAUCGAGAGCAGCGGCGAAAGGCCGACGUUCACACGCCCUAUUCGCUGGCUUCGAUCUCGAAGCCCAUCACCGCCACCGGGCUGAUGCUGCUGGUCGAACAAGGCAAACUCGACCUGGAUCACGCGGCGAACGACUAUCUCGGCAGUGCAAAGCUACUGGCCCGGGUGGGACAGGCUGAAGACGCCACCUUGCGGACGAUUGCCAACCACACUUCGGGUCUUCCGUUGCACUGGCAGUUUUUCUUUGCCGAUGAGAGUGCCAAGGCCCCCUCGCGCGACGAGACCAUCGCAAGGUACGGGCAAUUGUUUACCACGCCCGGAGAGAAAUAUCAGUACUCGAACCUGGGCUAUGGCGUGUUGGAUUACAUCAUCGAACGCACUUCCGGACGAGACUUCAAAGAGUUUAUGCACGAAGAGGUGUUCGUCCCUUUUGGGAUGACCCGCUCGGGGAUCGAUCUGCCGCCGGCACUCGAGGGACAGGAGGCGGUGCGUUACGACACUGACGGCAGGCGGUUGCCCCAUUACGAUUUCGAUCACCCGGGAGCCUCGGCCGUGUAUGCCUCGGCCCACGAUUUGGCACGCUUUGGUGCCUUUCAUGUGCAGACACCGUUUGAAGACCAGGCAGCGAUCCUCAAGCCGGAGUCGAUCACGGCCAUGCAGGCCACGCUGAUCGAUGUUGCUUACGGUGUGGGGUGGAGCGUCACGCUGUUACCCUCGGGCGAGCGACGCGUACAACACUCUGGCGGCAUGCCGGGCGUGAGCACCCGACUUACGCUGCUGCCGGAAAACAAGAUCGUUGUCGUUGUUCUAGCCAACGGCCGCAGCCGGUUGCCGUAUCAAGUGACCGAAGAGGUACUGAAGAUUCUGCUGCCGGAAGAUUUCGCGGAAAGCGAUGAGAAUCAUGCUUCAUCCGAUGAUGAAAAUCCCACCACCGCCAAGCUCCACGGUCAAUGGAAUGGCGAGGUGAUGACUUACAAGGGUGCUGAGAAGCUCACGCUGUGGUUCCAGGAAGAUGGCGACGUUCACGUACGUCUGGGCGACUCGCUGAAAACGCUGCUCAAUCACGUUCGAUUCGACGGCGAUACAUUGACCGGUGAGUUUGCCGGCACGUUGUCCACGCCCGAUGUGACUCGGGCGAAAUGCACGUUGCAUUUCAAUCUGCAGCUCGAGGGCGACGCGCUUCAGGGAGCUGUGAUCGCCCAGGCUACCUCGCCCACGCGGCACUACUUUGCCCUUUCGCACUGGGCAGAGCUGCAACGAGAAGCUACACAGCCCGAGUCUGACACGGCCGAUGCCCAAUAG